GUUGCUGCUCCUGUAUACGAAAUGCCCGUAUCCAUGCCCGCCGAGGAGGGUUACUCGUACGUCGGUUGCUUUGCAGACAGCAAGGACGACCGAGUGUUCGAGUACAUGAAGACUUCGCCAACCAUGACCACCGCGGUGUGCCUCGAGUACUGCUUGGACAGGCGAGCUACCUUCAUGGCUACCCAGUUCGGAAUCGAGUGCUGGUGCAGCGUCGACGCAGAGAUCGAGUACGAUCGCCACUCCGAUGGCGUGUGUGAUUGCGAGUGCGGCGGGGAAGCGACCGACAUUUGCGGUGGCUUCGACGCUUUCGACCUGUACAAGAUCACGGAACCAACGGAACCCACGGGCGACGAGUACGUGGGGUGCUUCGCCGACGACCGGGAAGACCGCUUGUUGGGCGACGAGAUCAAGUUGCAGCCCGACAUGACCCAGACCGUCUGCCGCACGUACUGCGAGGAACGCGAUGCCUACUUCUACGCCACCCAGUACGGCGACGAGUGCUGGUGCGGAAUGUCCGAGGACGAACAGGACUACAAGAGGCACGGGCGGGGAUCGUGUCUCGCGGGCUGCUCCGGUGACCCUACGGUUGCGUGCGGAAGAGACUUCCAGGUGGUGAUCUACAAACAUGAAUCGUUCCAACCCUUCCUUGCCGUUACCCUCGUCCCAGGUGGAUUCGACGCGUUCAACUUGUUCAAGUUCGACGGAGUCGCUGAACCUGUCGCUCCCACACCGGGACCUGUCUCCCUUACGCCCGGACCGGUCUCCGCGCUCACACCCGAACCGGUCGCCGCGCCUACACCCGGACCGGUUAUCGCCCCUACGCCCGAACCGGUCGCCGCGCCUACACCCGGACCGGUCGCCGCGCCCACACCCGAACCUGUUGUCGCGCCCACACCCGGACCUGUUGUCGCGCCCACACCCAAACCGGUCGCCGCGCCCACACCUACCAACGACUGCAUGGUGGUCAUCAUCGAAGCCGAAGAUCUCCCGGUCAACGGUGACUGGCGCAUCGUCCAGGACAACGCCGCCAGCGGCGGGGCUUACAUCACCUGGGAAGGCCUGUCUGAGGCCCAAAACAACCGCGACCCGGGGGACGGAGACAUCAUCUCCACCAGCGUGCAGAUCCCCACCGCGGGCACCUACUCGUUCAAGUGGGCCAUGCGCCAGCCUGACGGCGUCGAGAGCGACAAGGCCAACGACAGCUGGCUGAACUUCCCGGACGCAGAUAGGUUCGGGCCGGCUGACACCUCCAAGAGCUAUGGAACCUUCGUGAAGGUGUACGGUAACGCCGCUGACGGCGUGUUCAAGUACCAGGGGACCGCCGAGGAUGAGGACGGGGCCCACACUCAGAUCGCAAUCGAGUUUGCCGCGGCCGGCGAGUACGAGAUGGAGAUCGGAGGCCGUUCGCACGGGCACCAGAUCGAUCAGAUUGUUUUGUUCGGGGGCUCCUUCCACACGGCAGAGGACGCUGUUGCUGGCUGCUAGGAGUGUAGGGUUCGGCUAGAUGUUUUUUCCUGCUCCCGUUGUCGUCACAGCGAGUGAAGUAAAUGGAGGCUUGGUUGUCUGAACGUUUCUGAUGCAUGGCUUACUCACUCGCCGGAAAUCGAUCCAUGGACCAGUCUUUCGUUUGAUCGUCACCCGGAAUGUAGAGGCUUGUGCCGUCGGUCGUAAUGUGUUGAUACCACUUGCAGUGGUAUGGUUCUACUAGUGAGUCAUGAAGUCACGACACCACAUAUAUCGGGGAGAUUGCGUCAGUUGACUUGACAGACGGACUUGUUACAUUCUCAUGUUAUCACAUCAAACAUUUGGGCACGAUGAUGUCUCUUUUUUGUCACUCUUUUAUUCAAAACGUUGUGGUAUUUUAUAUCGUUCGAAGUGUAGGUCCUAUAUGUCGCAUUCGCUGUCAUUCGGCCUCAAAAUCUCGACAAGGGCGCGUUGUUGUGCUGUGGCUGAUUAUCCAUCUUUUUGUUACAUUUGUGGGUUACCUUCCUUGUCGUGAAUAUUAUUCGUUUCUUGUCGUGUUUUGUGUUGUGUGCGUUUGUGGGAUUUCGUCGCAUUUGUUCUGGGCGUACGAGUCUCUACACAUGGCGGUAUGUAGAUUUGACGCACCCGCGGCGGUCACAUCAGGACGAGGAAACCGGUAGUACAGCUUUUUUCUGGCUCCUGGAGCACUCGUAGCGCGUGUUUGUUGGACAAAAAAGGUAAAGUAGAGUUCAAUCGAGCUUCUGAAUAUUUCGUAGCUAGGAGAGCGUGCUGUGCUAGAAACAAUCAAGUGGCAUGUUUCAGUUACGUCAUUUCAUGGAGGUGUGAGCAGGAAUCGUCCACUCAGCUGUGCGCAAUAACCAAUCGCGUUGUGAUAUUUUGCUGGGCUAGAGUCAAUGGCAUGUUUCAGUUACGUCAUUUUGACCAUGAUGGGUGAGCGCAAGAACCGUUGCAAUACCCAGCUUUACGCAAGACCUGACUUCGGGAAUGGAUGUCGUUAGCCGCACUCUCCCUGGAGCAGAGGACGCGCCGAAACGAGGAAUGACAUUUUUGAGCUCGUUGUGAACGGAGACCGGUUUGAUUUUGCCAUUUCUUAUCCUCGCAAUACGAUUUAAGUCAUGCGCCACAGAGGCAUGUUCCGGCGUGAUCACCAAGUGUUCAUUCGAGGCACAGUCUCGAGAGAUAUCAGCCUAACCCCUCCCCCUGCCCAUGCCGCUUCAGUGGUUGUUACUUGGAUAUCGCGCGGCAGACACUGCUGAUAGCUUCACAAUCGUCGAACGAUCAUGACCAAGGACUGGCCGACUUAUCUUAGCUUUUGAUGGC